AUGACUAUAAUGAAGCAUUGCAAGAAAAGUAUCCAGAGAACUGGCAAGAGCAACCUUUUGAUGGUCAAAUUGCAUAUGAUAUUGGUGGUGGCUUGCCGCAUGGUCGUGCAUGCAAUAGGAAAUGGUGCUGUCAACAUGGUUACAAUAAUUGAUGCUGCCAAGGCAAGUGGAACAAGGCCAGCAACCUCAAGGGCUUUUCAAACCCUGUUGGCAAGAUAUGAGAAUGCUGCAUUGACUCGAGAUGUGAAGCGUAAUGGUUGUGUACUUGAGCUCAUUCUUAACAAAGUACAAAUAGAGAUACCACCAGACCUGCUUCAGGUAGAAGAAAAUGACAUGGGAGGGACUAUAGAUGGAUCAUCUCGUGCUUCAGCCAACCUGGACAUGGACAACAGUGAUGGCCAUUGA